AUGGCAAAUUUCUAUUCAAGUUUAGCCUCCAACUUUAUGUGUCUUUUCAUCUUAUUAGUUCAAUGUCAAGACAUCCUUCGUCCCAUCUCAACAUCCCAAAGUAGCACACAUGACGAAAUGGAGUCGGAUCUAGCAGUGGAUCGGGAUAGGAAGACGUGCAGUUUGGCGGGCAUCGGGUCCGAGUCCCUGGAGUUUGGCUGGUGGGGGGCUGAUCUUGGAGAGACUGCUGCGGUGCACACCGUGGGGUUGGUCAACAAUUUUGAGUACUAUGAAUCCGAUUUCCUAAACCAGUUCGACAUAACCUUGUCGACUGAUGAUGGAAAAGGGAGUGGGAGAAACAUUAGUGAAAGUGCGGGGAGUGAGGGGAGUGCAGGGAGUUCUUUGUGCGCGACCUACGACAGACGUCGACCAAUCCCAACAGGAUCAGAAAUAAACAUAACCUGCAAUCCUGGAGCUGUAGGAAGAUACUUGACAAUACGAAGAUUUGGGGGUUUUAGACAGGAUGCCAUAUCUCUCUGCGAAACGCUCAUAGCAACGAGAAAUUUUACACCGAGCAACAACUCUGCAAACAACUGUGGCGGUUACUACAGCUCUUGUAAGGACGGGGUCUGCGUGCUGAGUAGUUUGGUCUGCAACAAAGUGCCAAACUGUCCAGAUGGUUCCGAUGAAUUCAAUUGUCCUUGCUCAGCCAACCAGUAUCCAUGUAAAAACGAACGCUGCAUACCAUUAGAGUGGAAAUGCGAUGGGGUGAGGGACUGCCCCCUGUCUGACGAUGAGGAAAACAGGGACUGUGUCACGUGUCCCAGCAACAAGUUCUCGUGUUUCCAUAGGAAGGGCUGCCUGGAGAUGACGAAACGUUGUGAUGGAGUGAUCGACUGCGGCGACGAAUCGGAUGAAACUACUUGCUUUUUUCUGGACGAUCCUCUCCCACCACCUUCAUCUUCUUCAUCAUCUUCUUCUUCCUCAUCAUCUUCUUCCUCAUCAUCUUCUUCACCAUUGACGAUGACAUUUGGGAGUGUUGAUGAAAAUUUCAUCUGCGCCGAUGGAUGGAGUGACGAGUGGGGAGAUGCUGUCUGCGACUAUUUGGGGCUUGGUCCAUCUGAACAAAGUCAGUACCAAGCCAUUCCAUCUUCCAUACCUUCAUUCGUCUCACUGAAGGAUGGCGCUGUUAGAGAUGCAAACAACUUCCUGCUGACGUCAUACUUCAUUUCCAAAACCUCUUGCACAACGAACCGCGUUGUCUUCUUGAAAUGUUCCGCUUCAGAGUGUGGGAUGAGGUUGGUGCCCACUGUGAGCAAGUACAUAGAAAAUGGCGAUUGGGCAGAACUCGGCAGCUGGCCAUGGCAGAUCACAAUCACAAAUUUAAAAAAAAAACAAUAUAGAUAUUCAAACACGUUCGGAUGGGGUUUUGUGGAGGUGCAGAUCCAUCCACCUGGUAUGUUCUGUGGAGCGUCUCUCAUAGGCCACCGGUGGCUUCUCACGGCCUCUCACUGCAUGGAGACUGUCGAUUUCAAAGACCCCCAAAUCUCCGUCAGAAUGGGUACCACCAAGAAAGAUGGGUACUUCUCCGAGACCAACCUCUUCCUCUCCACUGUCGACAAAAUUAUCGUCCACCCCCUCUGGAGUCCAGACAACUUUCAAUAUGACGUCACACUUUUGAGGCGUGUGUUUGUGUGUGUGCACAUGAUUCGCAAAAAUUUGAAUGCAUUUGAAUCCAGCCACCGCAAGUUAUCCAAGCCAGUAACAUUCACCCCCUACAUCCAACCUAUCUGCCUCCCCAAGAAGACACACUCCCGUCUCGAAGUACCCCCCUACAAAGUCUGCGUGGCCACUGGGUUUGGAUCUAUUAAACCGGGUGACCUUUACUCCCUGAUGCUCCUUCAAGGCCGCAUGAACAUCAUGGAGUAUAAGGUGUGCAUGCAGAACAUCUUCAACCUGACGGGACAGUCCGAGUACCCCCUACUCAUGAGGGACAUCAAGUUUUGUGGGGGUUCAAGUCCCUCGGUCGAGAGCAUCAAUGUGGGGAAUGCACAAGUUAAAACACACACACACCUGAGUAAAACGGCCGUUUUGAAAAAUUGCGAAAACAUUUGCCAUUAUUAA